CAACUAAACAUAAAAAAGAUGGGGAUAGCAAGAUUGUGGGUAAAGGGCCUUGCCGCCAAGACGGACGGACUCCCUAACUUCCAUUCUUAGGACCCACGUGAAGGGAAUCGAGAACCCACUCCCACAGGUUGUCCUCUGCCCUCUACGCACAUCUUGAGAAAACAAAAGGAGGCCGUGUGGAUGGAGAGGCCCACGUCUUGCACAGCACAGUCCACCAAAGCCUCUCUUCUGGGUGUCACCUCCUGUGGGCCUGUGAAGCACAGCACAUACCAGGGCAUGCUGGCACCCGUGGGGCCUGAAGUCAUAGGUAACAAGAUGUCCGCCCCUGUGCCUGUGAAAAAACGUAGGGGUACUUUGUAGAUUCCCAAUAAAUGUGCUUAAACCAUCAAUAAAAUAACAAAAGAAUGGAUUUCCCAAUGGGUAAGUCUGUGUAGCAGGCACAGUAAAGCAGACCUGCUGGGAAUGUCCCUUUCCAGGAAAUGUGAAAACGAAUGAGCCAAACCCAUCCGUUAAUAACACUCUCCAACUGUACAAAUGAAGCUUCCAGACACAGUCCCCCGUAACCUCACACCCACCACUGCCAAUAGCUUGCUCCCGUUAUCCCCGCAUUUAUAGAAAUCCUAGGGCAGCCCAGGGGGGAGGAAGGAGGGCUAGCUUCUCGGCUGGAGCUUUGUUCUGGGUGAAGGUCUGGUCUUGAACCUUAGAAGGUGAGAGAACCACAUCCUGGUCUCACCCACCCACUCUUGUAAAAUCAGACAUGUGAGGACAUCCUGUCCUAGUAUAUACCACCUGACCACUAGCUGCCUCCAGAGAGCCCCAGGCAUCCCCCUCCUUAUCAGGACAUGCAUAGAUGCUCAAAGCCCCAAGCGGUGGAGGUCCUUGGCGAGUCAUAUGUGAGUCCUGCUUGUCCUAGGCAUCAGGAGUUGGCCAUUCCUCCUCAGACCUCCCUGAUGAGGUCUGCCUCACCAACCACAGACAUGGCCAAGGUGCUGUUGCUCAUCUGCAUCGCGGUUUAUCCAGGAUCCUGUGCUCUCUGGGUGUCUCAGCCCCCUGAGAUUCGUGCCCGGGAGGGCACCACUGCCCUCCUGCCCUGCUCCUUCAAUGCCAGCCAAGGGACGGUGGCCAUUGGCUCUGUCAUGUGGUACCAAGAAAAAGUGGCCCCAGGGAUGGAGGUGAGCAACAUGACCCCAGAGUUCGGGGGCCGUGUGGCCUCUUUCGCCGCUGUCUCCCAAUUCACCAGGGACCACACGGCAGAGCUGCUCAUACAGGACGCCCGAAGCCAUGACACCGGAAUCUAUGUGUGCAGGGUGGAGGUGCUAGGCCUGGGCAUCGGAACAGGAAACGGUUCUCGGCUGGUGGUGGAGAAAGAGCCUCCUCAGCAAGCCUCAGAGCAAGCAGACCACACAAGUCUCCUCCUCAGGGCUGGAUUCUAUGCCCUCAGCUUUCUCUCUGUGGCCACGGGCAGCACCCUCUAUUAUCAGGGCAAAUGCCCCUGUCACGUGGGAGCACACCUCCGACAGCCUGAGAGGAGUGAUUUCUAAAUCUCAGCGACCCAGCACUCUCAAAGACCAGCAAUAAAUCCGCAUCUGCUCCCCCCUCCUA